AUGGAUGAAGAGAUUGAUGCUUUAUUGCAGAAUGACACUUGGAAGGAGUUUGCCAUAAAUGAUUUAGGUGAGUUGUAUUUUUUCUUGGGUAUUCAAGCUCAAAGGAGUUCUGCAAGUGUUUCAUGGUCUCAAGAACAUUAUGUCACUAAUUUGCUGUAUACAACAAUAAUUCGACUUGACAUUGCUUAUGCUGUUAAUAGAGCUUGUCAAGACAUGCAAAAUCCUACUAAUGCAGAUUGGUCAGCUAUCAAAAGGAUAAUAAGAUAUUUACAGGGUACAGUUUCCUAUGGAUUACAGUUUAAAAGAUUACUCUUUCUUCAGUUGCAGGCAUAUUCAGAUGCUGAUUGGGCUGGUGCCAUGACUUACAAGCGCUCAACAAGUGGAAUGAUUUUUCUUGGUCCAAAUCUCAUUUCCUGGUGUUCUAGAAAAGAGAAGACUGUUUCUAUAUCUAGUACAGAGGUAGAAUAUCAUGCAUUAACAGAUGCAACAUAUGAAUUAAUUAGUUUGGGUCCAGUCUUUGCUUAA